CUAAAUUUGCUAUAGGAAUUAGAUUGAAAAUAUGGGACGGGAAAGGAAAAGUUUUAAAAAUAAAGAUUAUUUUCUUUGUAAAUUAAGUGUUAAUAAAUGUACCUAUCAGUGAAAUAUUUUUAAGUGAGUGGUAUACGGUAAGAAGAGAGGAAAUAUCGACAAAAACCAGCUAAGUUACAUACAAGUUAGCCAAAUUAUCUUUUGAAAAUGUUACCUAACCGGUGUUUGCUUGGUAAAACGCAGUUGUGGAGGAAAUAUUUGCUCAAAAACCUAAACACAACGCAGGUUUUCUCAUGGAACAACCACUUGGCCGGUUGCACAUUUCAGAGACACUAUAGCUUUAAUUUAUUAAAAAAGUAUGAAUACAGUUAUAUAAAUACUCUUUACUUCCAAACAUUAAAUAGAGAAUGUCACUCGAAAAGUAUACUGGAUGGAGAUGUAUCACAAUUAACAAACAGUUUUCAAGAAAAAGAGUUAAAGAAAAUCACAGAGCUGUUUCCCCAACCAAGAGUUACUUUGAAUGAGUUGACAUCGAAAACUCCGCAGAAAAUAUUUGACAUACAUUUCAAACAGAUUUCAACAGCGCCAAAAGGUGUAAGAAAGAAACCUAUACAGAAUAACGAGUGGAUUGCGACAUACGCUUUCAUUUGGCCUGAAAAGAUGAAGUUUGAAAGCACUUCGAAGUCCAAACGCCAAGCGGCUGAAAAGGCAGCUACGCAAGCCCUUCUAUGGCUUUACCAGAACAAGAGAAUCGAUGCUAGAGGUGCCCCAAUAUACGACAGGAAUGUUCUGGACAAAAUAAGAAGCGAUUUGAACGAGCCUUUACAAGUCACAAUCAGCGAUAACACUGUGGAAAGGAUGGAACGGAUAUGGAACGAUUAUGAGAUUGGGAUAAAAAAUAUCUAUGAAACGGCCGCAGAGAAAGCUUCUCAUUUUGUCGCGUACGCACCAGGUGUAUUGACAAAGGAUUCCACUAUUGAUGAAGAUGACUUCUUACAACAAGAAAAUGAGUCUGAAGAUGUCGCUGCUGUAUCAUCAGACUUCAAGAUCCACACGCAUCCAGUAUACGGCCGCCAUAUAAACCCGCCAUCAGAGACCGCGCUGCUGAGACGAGACCGUAUCUUGAAGCAGAGGUUCCAGCAGUACGAUGAGGAAUUGACGCCAUUGCCUAUUGACGAGUACAGAGGCCAUAUAACUUCCACCCUGGAGAACUCCCGGGUAGCGGUGAUAGUGGGGGAAGCUGGGUGCGGGAAGUCCACCAGGGUGCCGGCGGCUAUACUGCGUCACUGUGGAGCAGGAACCGCCAUGAUAGUGUCAGAGCCGAGGAGAGUAGCAGCUAUAGGGUUGGCUGAGAGAGUGUCCAAUGAAUUGGGAGAAGAGGUAGGCGACUCCAUCGGUUUCCAAGUGCGGUUAUACGCGAAGCCCCCCCGCCCCCCGGCCGGUUCAGUACUUUACUGCACGUCUGGUGUUCUCCUUAAGAGGUUACAAGCUAAUCCUGGUCUAGAAGGCUGCACCCACGUCAUAAUAGACGAGGCGCACGAACGCGACGUCAACACUGAUAUCACACUGCUAUUGUUGAAGCGAGCAUUGAACAUUAACCAUAGACUGAAGGUGGUUGUCAUGAGCGCGACUUUGGACACGCAAGUAUUUACCAGAUAUUUCGGCUCCUGUCCUGUGAUAGAUGUUCCUGGUCGCACGUUUCCAGUGGAAAUAUCGUAUUUGGAGGACAUUCGAAAGAAAUUCAACUUAUCCUUGAAGAAUAGUUUGGAAAAUUCUAGAAAAGAAGACGGGAGGCCGAACGUGAAUUGCGAAGAGGUAGCGCAAGUAAUUAAAGCAGUAGACAAAAUGGAGUCUGAAGGCGCCAUUCUGGUGUUCCUGCCGGGCUGGGCCGAAAUAAAAAUGACGAAACAAAUACUGGACCAUUCUUACGGCCAGUCCAGUCUUCAUAUGGUGUUGCCUGUACAUUCUAGAUUGUCUACCACGGAACAGACGAAAAUGUUCUCGAAACCUCCACCGGGCGUUCGUAAAAUAGUAUUAGCUACGAACAUAGCGGAAACAUCUAUAACUAUACCGGAUGUUGUGUACGUUAUAGACAGCGGCGCUCACAAGGAGAACAAAAUUAAAGAAGCUACAGGCGCGGCCAGCCUGGAGACCGCGUGGGUGUCGGCGGCCGGCGCCCAGCAGCGCGCGGGCCGCGCCGGCCGCGUGCGCCCCGGACACUGCUACAGAUUAUACACUAAAUCAAAAGAAUCGGAAUUCGCUCCUCACACGACGCCGGAAAUCCUACGCAUACCGUUGGUGCAAACCGUACUGGAUUGUAAGACUUACGCCCCUGAAGAUAAGGUCGAGGAUUUUCUAUCGGAGUUACCCGAGCCGCCGACCAAGAAGGCUAUACAGUUUGCCGUCAACGAUCUUAUUGAUUUGGGUGCGUUAACCCCGAGCGAGAGGCUGACGAAACUGGGCUCCCUGUUGUCGUGUGUGACUCUACACCCCCGUGUAGCGCUGGCGUGUGUGGCCGCGGCGGUGGCGGGCGCCGUGUCCGCCGCCGCUCUCGUGGCCACGCACGCGGCGGACGGCCACGAGGUGUUCGCGACAGCCGCCGACCGGAGGCAGGAAAUCCGCGAAAUCAAAAGCAAAUUCAACGCGACUUCUGACCACUGCGCGUUAUACUGGCUUCAGAACGAGUUCGAACGCGCAUUACAAGAGAACGGUUGGCAUAAAAUCGACGAAUGGUGUAAUAAAUACGGCCUGAGGAAAGAUAGACUCGGAUAUGUCAAAUCGUUAUCAAACUUGUAUCUUGAACAGCUGGUGAAGUCCGGCUUCCUGGGUCCCGCGCCGGACGCGGACGAGUUGAACCGUUUCUCGGACAUAGACGAACUGACAGCCGCCAUCUUGCUUAUGGGUUCCAACUCGCUAUUGGUCACAAGGAAACAUGUUAAGACUAAGGGCAAGUUGAAGACGGCUAUGGAAAUUUUUACCAGCACAGGCGACCGGGCCCACAUAGGCACAGAAAGCGUCAACUAUCAACUAACUAAGCGAGUCAAUAAAACAACAUUACUAGCAUAUUUCGGAGGGCACCAUUCUACUGAAAGGCGAGCGUUGGUUGUCUACAAGACUUCGAUUGUACCACCGCAUACGGCCCUCUUAUUCUGUAGGGGAGAUCUGGUGAAAGAAUCGGUUGAAGGUGAUGAAAAUACAACAAUUCUAAGCCUACCCCGCCAUAGAUUGAAAGUCCACAUUCCAACAAGCCAAGCGGACUCCAUAGUCAAAACCAAAGAAAUGCUCUGGGCGACUAUACAAUACUAUAUAGAUAGGAAUACUAGGGAUUUGGACUAUGAUGAGACUAUGAAAAUCACUAGGUUUAAAGUGAGAUUGUUCAAGGCUAUCUGCAGGAUGUUAGUCGAGGCAGAUAAAGAUUUUAUACAACGAAACGCUGAAGAGUUAGGGUUAAAUAAAAAUCUGUAA